AGCCCGAGGGGGCGGGGAGGCGCGGGCGGGCGGGCGUGCGCGCGCCGGGCGUGGGUGUGGGUGGGAGUAAGUAGAGCGGGCGCCGGGGGGAGCGCCCAGCAGAGGGACUCUGGCUACCCUGGACAGCGCAUCGCCCGCCGCCCGGGUCGCCGCGGAUCAUGGAGCAUCUAAAGGCCUUUGAUGAUGAAAUCAAUGCUUUCUUGGACAAUAUGUUUGGACCUCGAGAUUCUCGAGUCAGAGGGUGGUUCAUGUUGGACUCUUACCUUCCUACCUUUUUUCUUACUGUCAUAUAUCUGCUUUCAAUAUGGCUGGGUAACAAAUACAUGAAGAACAGACCUGCUCUUUCUCUCAGGGGUUUGCUCACCUUGUAUAAUCUCGGAAUCACACUUCUCUCUGCAUAUAUGCUGGCAGAGCUCAUUCUCUCCAGUUGGGAAGGAGGAUACAACUUACAGUGUCAAGACCUUGCCAGUGCAGGGGACGCUGAUAUCCGGGUAGCCAAGGUGUUAUGGUGGUACUACUUCUCCAAAUCAGUAGAGUUCCUCGACACGAUUUUCUUCGUUUUGCGGAAAAAAACAAGUCAGAUUACUUUUCUUCAUGUAUAUCAUCAUGCUUCUAUGUUUAACAUCUGGUGGUGUGUUUUGAACUGGAUACCUUGUGGACAAAGUUUCUUUGGACCAACCCUGAACAGUUUUAUUCACAUUCUAAUGUAUUCCUACUAUGGACUUUCUGUGUUUCCAUCCAUGCACAAGUAUCUUUGGUGGAAGAAAUACCUCACACAGGCUCAACUGGUGCAGUUCGUGCUCACUAUCACCCACACCAUGAGCGCGGUGGUGAAACCCUGUGGCUUCCCCUUCGGUUGUCUCAUCUUCCAGUCUUCUUACAUGAUGACAUUAGUCAUCCUGUUCUUAAACUUUUAUGUUCAGACAUACCGAAAAAAGCCCAGGAAGAAAGAUACGCAAGAGCCACCUGCUGGGAAAGAAGUUAAGAACGGUUUUUCUAAAGCCUACUUCACCGCAGCUAAUGGGGUGACAGACAGGAAAGCACAAUAAAAUAGAGUAACUUAAAGCAUAUCUACUAGCCUAACAGAUUCGCUUGUUUUAAAGCAAAGUCUGAAUUGAAAGUUAUAUAUGUUUCAGCAUAAACUAAUUUCUUUUGAGUUUAUAAAUCAUUUGUACCUGGAAUAUAUUAAUAUAUUGCUAUUAGGUUAAUCUGUUAACUGAAUGCUUUGGUCAGCGUUGAGGUGAUGCUGAUCUCCGAAGACCUCAGAACUGGUGCAACUUCGCCCUCCCUCCCCACAGACGUAAACCCUCACCAGAAACUGUCUGAUAACGCCUUAUACACACACAAAGCCAGGAAACACAGAGGAUUGUUUUUCACUGAAGUCUUCAAAUAUGAAAGUUAGAGGUUUUGUUCAUAUUAAAGCGUUUAAAACAAAAUGUUAAUUAUAUUCUUAUACAGGGUAUGUUUUCAUUUGUAUUAAGCAAUAAUUACAUAAUCAGUCCACUUGUUCCUUUAGGAAUCCACUCCAGAAAAUAUUAAAAUAGAAUCACACGUAAAAGAUAGAUUAAAAAAGAAAAAAAUCUAAGCCAGAGUCUGACAAAUUCCUACAACUACUCCUGAUUCUGAACUUAGCGAUAGAGUUUUGAAUAUUAUUCCAAGAAGAAAAUUCACCUGCCAGAUUUUCAGAGUUGAGGGUUGGAGUUGGCAAUUGUUCCUCAGUGUCUUAAUUCAUAUAUUCAUGUCUGCCUCCCAUGUUCCUUAGCCUCGGUUAACAAAGACACCCUGCUGGGUACUAAAGCAGUCUCUAAAUCUGGCUUCCCUAUUCCUUUCUGAAUAAGGGCUGGAGUCCCAUCUGACCUCUUCUUUUCACAUAUAUGCCACUGGAAUGUUUAUAAAUCAGCAUUAACAGAGCAAGGGGACAUAAUAGACAUUAGACAACUAUUUUAGGGGACUCUACUUGUGCUAAUGCCUGCUAUCACUCCUUUUAGGUUAAGUUUUUGAAAUUAGAAAGAAAAAGAUGAAAUACUUUAGAGAGAGUCCAACACUCAGCUGUGGGCUAGUAAUGAACCACAAUGAAAAAUACCAGUUUGGCAAACGCAGCACAUCCUUUCCCUGCUCAGAUAUGUGAUGUCUACUGAGAAUCAAGCACCAAAGCAUCAAUGAGUAUUUCCUUUCUCCCUAAGUACUAGGCUGUUGUUUACUAUUAAACUGUACCAAGAAUGGGAACAAAACAUUUUCUGAAGAUUUGAUGAAGAUUAAUUUAUACCCUAUAAAACAAGACUUGCCAACUUUGAUACUUUAUCUUCUUCCCUUACUUUUUAAAAUGAGUUUUUAGUUCCUGUCUCUGACAAGAAAUGUAUAAGCACCAGGAAGGCAUUUUCACCAUUGUCCCAACUCAUUACUGUCGAGCGUGCCUUUUUUUCCCAAGCUCUAGUUUUAAAAUUAUUUUCCCUGUUAAAGGUUAGGCCAGUAUAUUAUUUUUUAUUUCAUGUGAACUACCUUUCCUUAGGAGUCUGGCGUAUUUUUUGGAAGGUGGCUUAGGCUUGGUAUGGUUGUCAGGGUGAUGCCCUGUACGCGGUAUCAUUCUCUAGGUACCAGUCAGUCCAUUUCAGUGGGCAGACAUCGUCCUGUCCAAUGCCCACUUAACACUUUCAUUCAUUCUUGUGAAUCAUUUUCUAAAACUAACUUGCUCUAGGGUGCUUACUCACUGCUUCCAUCUCGCAUCACCUUAUAACUAUUCAAUGUCUUGUUCUCUCUUGGCAAUUCAUUUGACUGUUACUGCUCUGCUAUGAAAAAAACACAUACGGGAUAAGGAAAAAGUCCUUUGGAGAAACUGGACACUAGUUCAGCAUUAAGUCUUAAACAUGGGCUAAAAAUCUGUUAGCAAAAUGCACUCCAGGUAAAAACGAGACUUGAAGACAGCCGUCACUAGCCAUUGUAUUCAGCUUUUUCUUAAUUGCUGGUGAAGCCCUGAAGUCUCACUGUACAUCAAACCUGCCAUUUUGGAUGUUUUCAUGGACAUCACAUCUGUAUAGCAAGGAGGGACCAUUCCUUCAGACCAUCCACAGACCAAAGUCAAGUGGCUGUAUUAAACCUCUCCGGGGGCGGGGGGUGAGGGGUGGGAAUGAAUAGUUUACACUUUCAAGCUAAUGCCAGAAUUUUAGAGUUUUCCUUUGGGAUACUUAUUUCCAGUUUGGUCUUUAAUUCUAACGAGGCUUAAUGAAACACUUAAAAGCCUUAAACCAUUCAAGGGCAGAUAAAAAAAAAAAAACAGAGCUAUGAAAUCUUAGCCACAGAAAUUGAAUCAGGUCCAUAUUUUAACCUGUCAUUAAGUGUUGUAACUUUAAAAAACCAAAAUGUUUACUUUUAAUGUGAUUUUCUAGAAUGGAACUAUACAAAAUUGUAAUAUUUCUAUAAUCUGUUAAACAGUAGAAAAUGUUUUCUCUCAAAUUCCCUCUUAUUUAUGGGAAUGAAAAUAUUUAAAUACUAUAAAGCAUAUCUGUUGAAUUCCCCAAUUUUUAAACAAAAUAGAAUGAAAUAUAGAAAUCUUCAGCCUAUUAAAAUUAUAUACCAUGAAUGUGGACAUAUUAGGGGUUAAAGUCCUCUCCCCCUCUAUUAGAGAAGUAUUUUUUUAUUUUAAAGCAAAAUGGUAUUUACUGUGAUGGGCAAAACAACAUUUUAUACGUAAGAGUCCAUUUUCUUUCCAGUGUUUCCAUAUCAUUAUCAGUAUUUCUGGGGGCUUCCUUUUUGGAAAAUAAGGGCAUCACUUUGUUUUCCUUUGAAAGUACUUGUAUCUUAAGGACAUGCUAUCAUGACUGGGGUGGACAGGGAGUCUGGAGAAGCCAUUUUUCUUUUUAGAUAAUAAGCAUUCUGUAUGAUUGUUGUAUAAUAAAUUGAUUUUUACACUGAA